GCAGCACAAGCCCACAGUCAUCGCCUGCGUCUGCAUCCACCUGGCCUGUAAAUGGUCCAACUGGGAGAUCCCGGUCUCCACUGAUGGGAAACACUGGUGGGAGUAUCUGGACCGCACCGUCACGCUCACACUGCUGGACGAGCUGACCAAUGAAUUCCUGCAAAUUCUGGAGAAGACGCCCAGCAGGCUGAAAAGGAUACGUAACUGGAGGGUAGGUUCUGCUCUCACAACUGGUGCCACACAAGCUGCCAAGAAGCCCAAGAUGGACAGUCAAACGGGCGACACCUCCUUCCAAGGGACCUCCUCAUUGGACGGCAUCACCGGUGUGGCCGGCAGCAACUCAUUCUUCUCUUCGUCUCUGUCAGACUCUGGGGAGAUGGCUUCACUAGACGACAUGUCUAUCCCGUUCCCUCCCUACCAGGCCCUGUCUGGGGACCACGCUGAGCUGCUGGGGCUGGACCAGGGCCUUGCCUUUCUUCCUCAAGCCAUCCCUUCAAAGUACCCAUCAGGCAAACACGAACACAAAACGGCCAGUGCAGGCAAGCACCCACAGGCCCUACCCAAUAACCCCUCGCCCUUCACGCGCCCCCCACAGAAACUCUCCCUGGAUAAGUACAGAGAGAAACAGGCAGCAGACCUGCAGACCAUGCAGAACGGUGUCCGAGAGGAGCAGAGUGGUGUGGACAUGUACCAGUCCCCCGCCCUCCCUCACCACCAGUCCCAUAAAAGACGCUCCCAGCCUGGGCAGGGUGUCCCCCAGCACGGGGACAGCAGGAGGGACAAGGCCAGCUCUAAAAAGACACGAGGUCUCCCACCACAGGCCUCGGCGGUUGAGAACGGCGUUGCGGCCAGCAACGAGGAGCUAAAGAUGAGAAUCAAAGUAUCAGCUGAGAGGGACCAGGGCGGCCAUGUUGGUGUCCCACAGGGCAAAGAGAAGUACAAAGACCACUCUGGCCCCAGCAGACACCCCAAGCACGGCCACUCGCACCCCUAUUCCCUCAGCGGGAACGGCAGAGGGGCCAUCGACCCCGCCCUGGCACUCAGAGUCCUCGGGGGCCAUGGUAGCGACCUAGGGGGCUCCGGUUCCACCUCCAGGAAACGGGCCAACUCUGACGUCAGUAGUCAUAACAACCACCACCACUCUGCUAAGAGCAGCAGGAGUUCCAAAGGGGCCGGAGGCUCCUCCCACUACUCUUCAGACGGUGGUGGUGGCCCGAGGACUGUGGAGAGACACCACGGUGGCCCGGAGGGGUCAAAUGGAGUGCUGGGGUCUAACGGCCAACACACCGACUACAAAGACACGUUUGACAUGCUGGACUCUCUGCUAAGUGCCCAGGGAAUGAACCUGUAACUUCAGACAGAGUUAGUCGUUUAGCCUGGGUGCAGGCUGUUUGGCUCUCUUGCCAACUCCGUCCAAAUAUGUUUGGCUUGACAUUUGAGUUGGCACGACUGGACAAACAAAUCUGGAUAGUAGGCUUGGCAGGAGUUGUUGGAUAGAGAGAAAAUAAUUCUGAGAAAAAAAUAGUUUUUUUAUGAUUUAAAAACAAGUAAAAAAUGAUUUUAUAACUUUGAAGUUAUGUGAAAGUAACUUCGUCACCCACCCAGUCAGUCAGUCCUGUCCACACACGGUAAUAAUUACUGAUGCUUUAAGGAUCUUCAGAAAUGUCCACAACAUGAUAUAUACACAGUGCUGUAAUGCUACUUGUCUGCUUGCUAAAAAAACCCCGGGAGCCACGUUCACUGGUUCUGUGAUUGACAAAAUUCCAGAUUUUAAUUCUGUUCUUUUAAGGAGAGAUAAAGAGAAGUCUGCGUUUUUAUUAGUUAUUUGUUAUUAAUGAUGUGCAUGUUUCAAUCACAUAAGGGAAGAUAGCAGCCUGGUGGCGGUUCAGUGUCCACGUAAAUGCGUGUACGUUUUCGUAUGUUAAGAAACAACCUUAUUCCUUGAAAUACUCAGGUCUUGAAACUUUUGAUAUAAAGAACGAAAUAAAUCUUCCUCUCUUGGCGUAAUACCUGUAUCUGUAGAGAUGUAUAACUUCUGUCAUGUUGUUGGUUGAAGGCUGCAGAAGUACAGCAUCUAUCUUACCGUAGAGGCUGUUUCAGUGUGCUUGUCUUCUAAUGGGAGGACACGCAAUCCAACUCAUCACACAUGGCUAGUCAGAGGACAUACAAAGGCCCUUUCCCAGAUCAACACCUCAUAGACCCUAUGUGUGUAUCCAAAAUGGCACCCUAUUCCUUAUGUAGGGCACUACUUUUUGACCAGGGCCCGCAAAGUUCCCAGCUGGGAAAAACACUGGGUCCUGAUCGAAAGUAGUGUACUACAUAGGGAAUAGUGUGCUGUUUUGAGAGACACCCUUUAUGCGCUUGUGGGAUCUCAAGUGCUUAGGGUCUAGGGGUCGAUUGGGGACUGGACCAUAUGCUGUCUACUGUCCAACUAAGUGGAUGCCAAAGGCUGUGCCUCUAAAACGUACGGCAGAUUAUUCUAGAGCUAUAAAAGAAGUUUACGUUAUAUCUGCUGUGAAGUGCAUUUAAAAAGAUAUCUCGGCAUAUUUACAAAAAGCCUUGUGAUUGUAACAAGUCGUCAACAAGUUGCUAUUCUUCAAUAUUGAUAAAUGUCUAAUUAACCAACCGCCAUCCUAUGAAAAGAUCUCUAGAGGUGAUUGUAUAUAGGACUGCAGUUCUGAGUUAUAACUAGCUAGUCGGUUGACUUGUUACACCCUCAGACCACACAUUCUAUUCUGCCAUAACAGUGUAUUAGGAGGUCCUAAAGCGGACACUAUUGAACAAAUCCUUAAUAUGUGUACUGGGAACCCAAAUAAACGUGUAAAACUGUCGUUUUUACACACAAACACA